AUGUAUGAACCCCAUCAAGACACUGCCAAAAAUGACAAACAUGCAUUUCCAGAACCAAACACAUACGAUUAUGCUUCACAAUUAAUGUUUGACGCAAACUCAUUUGCACCAGUGUCGAACCCUAUUGAUCUUCAUCCUGCGUAUCUUGAUUUCUUCCAAAACGGCGGUGAUCCAUAUGAAAUGAUGCGGUAUCAGGCUGCUAUGCAACAAUCCCACGACUAUGCUUCAUCUUGCUCAUCCAAUAAUACUCCUCCUACAUCUUACAGCCAUCCUAUACAUCCACAGAGCUUCUCAGUGCCACCAGCUGUGCCAGCACACUCCAUGCCACCACAAGCUGCUGCCUAUCCCAUGAUGGCAUUUCAUCAAGACGGCAAUGCGAUGGGCAUUUCAUUAGAACAAGCUGCCAUGAACUACCCCAUUCCUUACGACCAUCACACCUAUAUGGGUCCACCCGUGCCCACACUUUCCACUUCAUCGUCUUCCUCGUCUUCUCUAUCCUCCAACAACACUGCUUACGGUUUGAAUGCAAGCGACAAUCGAGGUGCUCAAGUGUAUGUUCGAAAAGCCUGUGUCUCAUGCAAACAGUCGCAUGUUGCUUGUGAUGUCCAAAGGCCCUGCGCUCGUUGUGUGAGACUGAACAAAGCAGAUACAUGUGUGGAUGCCGAGAGAAAAAAGAGAGGAAGACCUUGUGGCUCCAGCAAAAAGAAGAAGGAGCAGCAACUGCAAUUACAACAGCAACAGCAGCAGCAGCAACAGCAGAACAACAUGGCUGCCAACUACAAUCAUCUUUUGUAA